GAGCUCUCCCUAGAGUCGGACAGACGGCUGCGGUGGAACGGCGGCGGCUCCUCGUCCUUACUCCCUCCGUCCUUCCCUCCCUCCUUCCCUUUCCUGGCGGGCCUGGCCGCCCAGCCCGACAGGCAAGCGGCAGCCAGGCAUGGCGUUGACUGUGGAUGUGGUGGGACCAGCACCUUGGGGCUUCCGAAUUAGCGGGGGCAGAGAUUUCCACAAACCCAUCAUUGUGACCAAGGUCACGGAGCGGGGCAAGGCCGAAGCAGCUGACCUCCGGCCUGGCGACAUCAUUGUGGCCAUCAAUGGACAGAGUGCAGAGAACAUGCUACAUGCGGAGGCCCAAAGCAAGAUCCGACAGAGCGCCUCACCGCUAAGACUGCAGCUGGACCGGUCCCAAACAGCCUCUCCUGGGCAGACCAAUGGGGAAGGCUCCUUGGAAGUGCUGGCAACCAGAUUCCAGGGCUCCCUGAGGACACACCGGGACAGUCAUUCUUCCCAGAGGUCUGCCUGCUUCAGCCCAGUCUCUCUCAGCCCCAGGCUGUGCAGCCCCUUCUCCACCCCACCCCCUGCCAGCCCAGUUGCCCUUUCUGGAGAGGAUGUGAUUGGCUGUAGUUUCCAGAGUCUGACACACUCACCAGGCCUUGCUGCUCACCACUUGACCGACCCUGGCCACCCCUCCAGCCAACAGGCCGGCCACAGCAGCCCAAGCGACUCCGCAGUGAGGGUGCUGCUCCAUUCCCCAGGACGGCCCUCCAGCCCCAGGUUCAGCAGUUUGGAUCUGGAGGAGGACUCAGAGGUGUUCAAGAUGCUGCAGGAGAACCGCCAGGGACGGGCUGCCCCAAGGCAGUCCAGCUCUUUUCGACUCUUACAGGAAGCCUUGGAGGCUGAGGAGAGAGGUGGUACACCUGCCUUUGUGCCCAGCUCACUGAGUCCCCAGGCUUCCUUGCCCACCUCCAGGGCCUUGGCCACCCCACCCAAGCUCCACACUUGUGAGAAGUGCAGCGUCAGCAUCUCGAACCAGGCGGUCCGAAUCCAGGAGGGGAGGUACCGACACCCUGGCUGCUACACCUGUGCAGACUGCGGGCUGAACCUGAAGAUGCGCGGCCACUUCUGGGUGGGCAACGAGUUGUACUGCGAGAAGCAUGCCCGCCAGCGCUAUUCCAUGCCGGGAACUCUCAGCUCUCGAGCCUGAGCCUCACGGUGCUCGGCCUGUCUGCACUGUCAGACUCUGCAGACAUGACCACGCCGAGAGCAAGCAGGGGUGGGGUGAUAGCAGGUGACAGAUGAUCUUACAUGAACUAAGGUUGGGGAGUCCCAUUUGUCCUUGCUGGGUGAGGCCAAGCGUUGGGACUAAUGUCAGGUUGCUAGUGCUAAGAACAGUUCCACUCUCUCUGGCCUUUCUCCUGCAGGCCAGGUUCUGUAUUACGGUCUGAAGUGGUUGCCAUGUUUGACACGCAAGCAUAUGGGGUUGGGCAUGGAUAGAAGCAUCUAGAAGGGGAAGGUGGGCCUGAGGUAAAUGAUAUUCAUGGUGUGAAGUUUCUAACAUAUGAACUCUAUAUACACGUGGAUAAAAUUAAGUAGUGUCCUUUC